UGGAACCGUUUACAACCUCCCUCCACUAACUAACCCGUAAAAUGCCCGCCAGCUGCCGAGCCGACUGUUUCCCAUCCUCCCAGAAUUCCCACUAACUAAAUACGACCACUUCUUCCCCCUCGGCCAUCUGUGGGGGGAAACCAGGACACCCCCCUCUCCCCUUGAAUUGCGACGACCUAGACCAUCGCGAACGCCGGGCUCCCUGUCCCUCACUUUGCCCGCGAAAGCUUGGAUUGAGCUGGAUGGAUCCUCGUGUUGCAACUCCACACUUGCUUAUUGAGCAACUCAAGAGGCUGGUGCCGUCAUAGCCCGCCCGUUUGAUUCGAUCCAGGAACUGCCAGGAAUUGCGCGUCGCAGUUCUGUCACUUCUGCCACAAAGGGGAAAAAAAAAAAAAAAAUAGGGCCCCCGAUUGGAGGCGAUUGAGACGAGUGCACCUACCGGGCCGAUCACAGCAAUGGUUUUGGCACCGCCGCCGCUUCCGACGCGCUUCCCGUGCUGGGUGCGCGCGGUGUAUUCAUGGGGGGGCGAGUCCAAGAGAGAUCUCGGGUUCAUCGAGGGUGACUUGAUCGAGUGCCUGAACGCGGGCGACGGUGCUUGGUGGACGGGAAGGCUGUUUCGCGACCGGAGAGCGGUGGGCUUGUUUCCGUCCAACUUCGUCGAGGUGUUACCGGAAAACUUCCGCCCUACAACAAGGUCCGUCAGCCCGCUGCCGAGCAGCAACACGCCCAGCCCCAAAGGGACGCCGCAAAAGUCGAGGACCUUCCGCAAGCCCUUCGAAGCCUACGCGAAGGCCCCGCACUACACAACAGCCAAAACUCCAGAGACGUGGAAGGAUGGCGCCAAGCCGCGCGAUGCUGUAGAGCCGUUGAGGGAGGUUGCAGCCCGCUCCCGCGAGACCCCGAGAAACUCGUUUGAUCACUCAAGCGCCGCUCCCGGCAGCGACGUUAGAGGGACCCAAUCCCCUUCACGGGCUUCCAGCCGUCAUCUUGCACGGGAUCCGUCUCCUGCCAUAGCUGCAGGCCAUUUCGGUCGAGAGCACUCUCCCGCGGGGGCCCCUAGUCAUAAUAUGGGACGGGACAGCUCGCCCGGGGUAGCCCCGCACCACAUGUUACGGGAACACUCUCCCGGGAGAGCUCCUAGUUUCAUUGGGCGGGAUUCAUCUCCACAAGUCCCAGCUCAUGUCAACCGGGAUCCCUCUCCUUCCCGGGUUUCCAGCCAUGUUAGCCACAUGAGCCGGGAUCUGUCCCCUUCGAGGGCCCCGAGUUUCGACUCCAGGGCACCAUCUCCGGCGCCGUCAUACAUACCCUACCGGCCGCCGCAAAAUCGCCAGCAUGCCUACCAUCUCAGCUUGGACACGGCACAGCCAUACCGGCCGGAUCUACAAGGGGGUGAUUCCCCUCCUCCGCCCCCGCCCCCGCCUCAUCGUUCGAGAUUGGCGCGGCAUGGGCCUCACGCGUCCUACGACGAGGGUUACUUUGGGGGCCUGUCGAGGGAAGCUUCAGCCCUGUCUACAGAGCCCUCCGAUUUGUCGUAUCCGUACCAGCAGCCGCCGCCUCAGCCGGAGGCAUCCUACGAGCACCAUGCUCCAACCUCGGGUUAUCAUACACCCAGGAUGCCGUCGCCAUGCCCCCCUUCGCCUGGGGGGCUGACACCAUCCCCUCUAAGAGAAGCCAUGGACGAUGUGAUGGAGCAGCUCGAUGCGCUAGGGGCCGGCCGGGACCCCGAACCGCCGGAACGGGAGCUAGACCCUUGGUCUCCGGAGUCGUUUGAUAUGGUGCAACACCUAUCGAGAAGAAAGCGAGACCAGCAACAUCGCCCACAAACCUCUAUGGGGAUCCCACUUCAUGCAGAUGAAGGAUACGAAACGUUCGGUGGGAGUGCAGAGUCCUCGCAAGAGCCAAUCUCCCACGACGGUACCCAGCAACCGCUUCCUCAACUGAGCAACUACGUCGAGCGAAUGGAGUCCAGGUUGAGAACCAUGCACCAACGCAGCUCCGGCAUGCUCGACGAGGACGACGAGGCGCCGCCGCCGCCCCCAAAGCGAGGCAAUCUAUUCGAGCGCCCCAAAUCCUCCAUGGAUAUCCACACGGAGCAGGAACAAAAGCUGCGGCAGAAGAAGUCGGCGUACGAGAUCAGCCGGCAAGUCCUCAACCGAACUUUUACUACCAAGACCAACUCGACAAACAGCUCGUCGGCAACCCAGAGCACCGAUCGGAGCUUGAUGAGCGGCGUGUCGGCGGGGGGAAUCAGCGCCACGAGUGCCGGGAGCCUGGCGAGAAAGAACCGGACUAGGGCUCUGAGCGCACUCGCCAUGCGGGACCUGGACAAUGACCGUCCGGAGACUCCCUUUACCGGUGUGACCUACCAUAGCAGCCACGCCUCCGGAGAACAGCGGUCCAAGUCGCAGAUGGGCUUCCACGAUGACCCCAUGGCCGCCGUGGGAGGUCUCGUUUCGCCAAAGCCAAAGAAGCAGAAUUUCAUCAAGCGCAUCCUGGAGUCUGCCAAGACGGGGGUUGCCAGCACCAGGGGGAGCAUCGCCACUGCCAGCGCCGCCCAGUCCCCUUCGGGUCGAUCGGCGCCCGCUCUUGCCGCUCUCUCGGGGCCCCUUUUCAGCAAAACGGGGCGAGAACCCGGCAGAGAACCGAAUCAUGGCAGCGGCGUAGAUUGGGUUCAGGUGCGCCGCGACGUUAACCGAUCCAACUCUCUGAGCCAGAAGGAGCUCAUCGAGAGAAAGGAGAGGUGUCAAAUGCUGGACUACCCUGCGAUAGACCCGAUAGACGAGUUGUACAAUAGCAUCGAAGGCGACGAGGGAGCGGACGGGAUGCCAGUGGCCGAGCCGGUGAACUACAACGCUCUGAACCUGAGCCAGGUGGACAAGAACUCGCGCUUCCUGACCAAUCUUCCUCCGACUACGACACCCAUCUCGCUGGCCACAACGUACGUCUGCCGACCUUACCGCAGCGACGUACAGCGGCUGCGCUCGAUCUUCACCUGGGUGUCCGAGAAGAUCUGCUGGGAGGAAGACUUUGACGGCCCCAUCGACACGCGGCGGGUCAUUCAGACGAAGCGGGCGUGUGCGGAGGAGUAUGCGACUUUGGUGAUGGAAAUGUGUGCGGCGGUCGGGCUGACGUGCGAGAUCGUCCGGGGCUAUCUCAAGUCGCCCGGAGAGAUGCCCGAAGUCAACAUGAUGCCGCGGUCCAACCACUGGUGGAACGCGGUGCUGGUCGACAACGAGUGGCGGAUCAUGGACUGCUGCCUCGCCAGCCCUUCGAACCCGCGCAGAGUCCUGUAUUCGAGCCACAGCAGCUCGUCGGCGGAUCCGUGGUGGUUCUUGGCGCGUCCCGUCGAGAUCUGCUGGACGCAUAUCCCCGAGCACCACGAGCAACAGCAUAUCUGCCCGCCCGUUGCGCACGAGAUCCUUCUCAAUCUUCCCUGCGCCUGCCCGCCGUACUUCGAGAACGAUUUGGAAAUGAUCGAUUACAACACCUCUCUCGUCCGGAUUGAAGACCUCGAGAUGGUGCACAUCAAGUGCAACGUCCCGGCGGACGUUGAACUGGCUGCCGAGGUCGAGGUGCGCAGCUACGCCCGUGACGCAGACGGCGACCUCUUCGAAUCGGGCGACACGGUCAAGAAGCGGGCGCUCGCGCAGGCAGAAUGGGUCAACGGCACCAAGCGCUACACCAUCAAGGCCCUGCUCCCGGGCGACGAGGGCUCCGGCACGCUCAAGGUGUAUGCCGGGAAACGCGGCCUCAUGCACAGCAUCAAGGACAUACCGCACCCGCUCGCGUUCGCCCUGCCCAUCAUCCACACGGGCGAGAACCCGCCGUACGAGUUCGUGACGCGCCACCCGACGCCACACGCGCAGCGCCACGACAUCUACGUCGUCCAGCCGCAGUGCCAGCGCCUCGCUCUCAACAACACGUUCGUCUUCGCGAUCCGCCAACACCCGAGCUCGCUGGGGUCAUCAGCCGCCGGCGCGUCCCCGAUGACGCCCUCGACCAACCCGCGCUCGUCCAGCCCCAUCCCCUUCGUAAGACCGAGCUCCGCGUUGAGCAUGACGUCCAGCGCGGCCGGAUCAAACCCCAGCACCGUCUCCAGCGGCGGCAGCGGCGGGUCCUCCAAGAAGCCGGCCAAGUUGGCGAUCCAGACGCCCGGGGGCAAGAUCCUGAGGCUGAUGCGCAAAGAGGAGAGGCGCGGGAUAGGCGGCGUGCUGGGCGGCAAUCGGGGGCCGGCCUCGCCUGGGCCUUUGUUGGGGGAGGACGAGACCGCAGGCGACGGGGGCGUUUGGGAGACGAUCAUCAAGUGCUCCGAGCGAGGCGUCUGGAGGGGCCUGGUGCUCGCUGACCGGACGGCGAGGUGGUGUGUUUUUGCCGAAUGGAUCUGCGAGGGCUGAUUGGCCCAGGGGUUCCCGGGCAGAGGGCACGCAAUAUGCUGGCUGCUACCUCUGCUGCUGGUGGGGUUAUGUGAAUGGAAACGGAGAUCUGUGUGCGGUGGUUUCUAUCUUCACCAUUUUCCUCUCCCUCUGCUGCCCUCUCCUCCAUCUCUUUCUCCCUGUGUAACUGUGUGUGGAUAUGGCUGGACCUUUCCUCGCCUGGGUGAAGAGGUUUAGGCACAUAUAUAUGUAUGGAUAGGGGCAGUCUUGUGGGCUUUACUUUUGUGUCUGUGGUAUAUUGUGUGACGACUUAUUAGCGGGUCGGUUUGCAUAUAAGGGCGUUUAAUGUUUGAUCGUUGAGCCGGGAGUGAGAUGUGACUCGUGCAGUUGCUGGCGGGUGCGUGCGUC